AUGCGCGCACGCGCGGCGGUGACGCGCCCCCAGGGCCGCUGCAGAGACUCGCGCCGGCCCUCGCACAGGACUCGCGGAGCCCCCCACUCCCCGGAUGGGUUCAGAGCCCCAGCCCCGGGUGCCCACGGGGGAAAUGCUGCUGAAGGCCGCGGGCGUGGACGGGACCGCACCGGGUCCCUGAAGAUCGGCCCUGAGCGCUCGCCACGGAGGGGUCUGGGGCUAAGCAGCAGGGAGCCCCCCCCCCCCGCACGGCCAGCGGCACCGUCCGCGGGCGCGGCCUCCCCCCUGCUGCUCCCUCCCUCCCUAGCGUGGGCCACGGGCCAGAGGACGAUGCAGAUCUGCAGAUUCGCUCUCUCCCCGCCGCCUUGCAUGGAGCGGGCCCGGGGCCGGAGCCCUGGCAGGGGCUGUGCUCUGUCGCUGCAGAGGCAGGUGGUGUGGGGGGGGGGCUCCCUGCCCGUGCCUGCUCUGUGCGCCACCCCGGCCCUGCUCCUCGGCCACGGACCCGCCACGGUGCCCCCCACCACGGACCCGCCACGGUGCCCCCCACCACGGACCUGCCACGGUGCCCCCCACCACGGACCCACCACGGUGCCCCCCAACCACAGACCCACCACGGACCCGCCACGGACCCGCCAUGGUGCCCCCACCACAGACCCGUGCCACGGACCCGCCACGGUGCCCCCCACCACGGACCCACCACGGACCCGCCACGGUGCCCCCCAACCACAGACCCGCCACGGACCCGCCACGGUGCCCCCCACCACGGACCCACCACGGACCCGCCACGGUGCCCCCCAACCACAGACCCACCACGGACCCGCCAUGGUGCCCCCACCACAGACCCGCCACGGACCCGCCACGGUGCCCCCCACCACAGACCCGCCACGGUGCCCCCCACCACGGACCCACCACGGGACCCCGUCCCCCAGCCGAGCUCCCCUGGGACGUGGGACCUCCCGCCAUCGCCCCGUCCUUGGGCACAGUGCGGCCGGCGUGGCUCGCACGGCUGGGCGGGGGCUGUGCCCGGGGCUCCGUCCUGAGCCUCCCGGGGAGGCCCAAGCCCAGGCCUGCCGUCGGCCAGUGUGGGGGACAGCCCUCCGGGAGCCCCUUUACUUCUGGGGCAGCCGGGCCCGCAGGCCCGGGGAUGUGCAGCCAGCGCCCCAAGGCCCAGCCUGCUCGUCGCGCACCCAGAGCUGUCCAGGGGAGCCGGGAGGGGCCCCGCGUUCUUCCAGAGCCAUCGCCAGCACGAGCAGCACCCCGGAUGGCCUCCACCCACUAGAUGCCGGGGCCUGUCCUACACUGUGCCCCCAAAACCGCCCUGACUGCCAGCCCCUCACCCACAUAGAGGAGGACCUGGUGUAG